AUGAGCCCUUCCUCUAUGGCCCUUGCCAAGGAGCGAACUCUAGAAGGCUCUCAAACCUGUUCACUCUAUGGGAAUGUACAUGGAGGAGGGCCUUCCAUUCAAGGGUUGGAUCCUUCUUCGCUUGAGUUAUUCAGCUACAAGGGCCAAAAUGAUGUGAUGCUUGAAGAUGGAGGUGGCUCGGAGUCCUUCGAGGGGUAUUCUGGAGGCCGCCUUCCUAUGUUGUCUGAUCCAAGCAACUCAUCAAGUGGUGGCUUUGUGUUUGGGUCGGUGAACUCUUCACCACAAGGAACCCGUUCCAUUGUCAACGUUGAGGCAGGGUCCGACCAUUGGGCAUACUCUGGCUCUUCGGUGCUUAGCUUCGAGCAAGGGGAUAGGAUGCUUUGCACUAACUAUCCAAAUAUUGAUCAUGAAGAUGAGAGUGCUAUUUGGAUGGAUGCCAUGGAUCCAAAUUACCAAUUGAAUAACUUUGACAAGAAGCGUGGCAAGAACUCUUGUUUAAUUCAAGACCAAUGUUUUGAUAUGGGAAGUGGGUAUAAAUUGAUGAGUAAUGCCAUGAAUGAGAACAGACAGAAUGAGGAGCAGUUCGGGCUGCUAUGCCUGGGUGCAGCUGCUGGUGAUGGUCAUCAGGAGAGUGUUGAGCAAGAGAAAGGCAUCCAAAAGUGCCCUUAUAUGGGUGGUGAAUUGCGAGCCUCCAAGAAGCAUCGCCGUAGCACAGGGAAGACCAAGGCCAAUAGUCCAUCCAAGGAUCCUCAGAGUAUUGCAGCAAAGAACCGGAGAGAGCGGAUAAGCGAGCGGCUCAAAAUUCUGCAAGAUCUCAUUCCCAAUGGCUCAAAGGUUGAUUUAGUUACCAUGCUAGAGAAAGCCAUUAGCUAUGUCAAGUUCCUCCAAUUGCAAGUGAAGGUAUUGGCAACUGACGAGUUCUGGCCAGCGCAAGGCGGGAAAGCACCUGAAGUGUCUCAAGUGAAGGAGGCUAUUGAUGCCAUCUUGUCUUCUCACAGAAACAGCAAAUCUAGCUCUUAGAAGUCAGUCUUAAUGGGAAGAAGUCAAGAGAACACAGUAAGAGGACUCUACCAGAAGAAUAAAGGAACCUCCACAUGCCAAGAAAAUAAGGCAUUUUAGAGCUUAGUGCUGAAGAGAAAAAAGAAAAGGCCACUUUCAUCCUUUCCUUAUUGAGCUCUCUUUCUGAUGCUCAUGCAAUAUUUUUUGAGAUGCAAUGGAAUGGAAAUGAACUGAACUGCAACAACUUUAGAAAGGAGUUUGAACUGGGGAAUACAGAAUGUCUUAAUCUUUAUUCUCCUGU